CCGAAAAGGGCAAAGCCUUCGGAAAUAGAAACAAAGUUGGUUACAAAUCACACUGGUUUUUUUUUUUUUUUUUUUUCACCCUUCUUUAGCAGGCGACCAUGGGGAAAGUGACCACUGCCGUCAGAGCAGGCAGCCCGGGUGGCUCGGGGCCGCGGGGGCGCCUGUAACUUCUUCGCGACCAUGGUACCUGUUGAAAACAGCGAGGGCCCCGGGCUGCUGAGCCCCGGGAGGACAGCAGCCGAGACCGAGGGCAGCGGCGCAGCCAGCGGCAGCCGGCAUCCUCCCUGGGCCAGAGGUUGCGGCAUGUUUACUCUCCUGUCAUCUGCCACAGCUGCUGUCAGUGGCCUCCUGGUGGGUUAUGAACUUGGGCUCAUCUCUGGGGCCCUUCUUCAGAUAAGAACCUUAUUAAACCUAACCUGCCAUGAGCAGGAAAUGGUUGUGAGCUCCCUCCUCAUCGGGGCCCUUCUGGCUUCCCUCACUGGAGGGGUCCUGAUUGACAGGUCUGGAAGAAAGGCUGCCAUCAUCUUGUCAUCCUGCCUCCUUGGCCUCGGAAGCCUAGUCUUGAUCCUGAGUUUAUCUUACACAGUUCUCAUAAUAGGCCGCAUUGCUAUAGGGGUUUCCAUUUCACUCUCUUCGAUUGCCACGUGCGUUUACAUCGCAGAGAUUGCUCCACAACACAGAAGAGGUUUUCUCGUGUCCCUGAAUGAGCUGAUGAUUGUCACUGGCAUACUUUUCGCCUACAUUUCAAACUACGUGUUUGCCAGUGUUACCCAUGGAUGGAAAUACAUGUUUGGCCUUGUUAUUCCCUUGGGAGUUUUGCAGGCAAUUGCAAUGUAUUUUCUUCCUCCAAGUCCCCGGUUUCUGGUGAUGAAAGGACACGAGGAAGCUGCUAGCAAGGUUCUCAGAAAGUUGAGAGGCGUCUCGGAUACAUCGGAGGAACUCACUAUAAUAAAAUCUUCCCUGAAAGACGAGUAUCAGUAUAGAUUUAGGGAUCUGUUUCGAUCAAAGGACAACAUGAGGACCCGGAUAAUGAUAGGCUUGACACUGGUAUUUUUUGUGCAAGUCACUGGUCAGCCAAACAUACUAUUCUAUGCAUCAACUGUUUUGAAGUCUGUUGGUUUCCAAAGCAAUGAGGCAGCCAGUCUCGCCUCCACGGGGGUUGGAAUCGUCAAGGUCAUCAGCACCAUUCCUGCCACUGUCCUUGUAGACCACAUUGGGAGCAAAACCUUCCUCUGUAUCGGCUCCUCGGUGAUGGUAGCUUCACUGGUGACCAUGGGCAUCGUGAAUCUCAACAUCCCCAUGAACUUCACCAGUAUCUGUAGAAGCCAUAGCCCUAUCAACAAGUCCCUGGAUGAGUCUGUGUUUUAUGGGCCAGGAAAUCUGUCAGCCCGUGAUGACUCUCUUAGAGAACUCUUUAAGGGGAUGACUGCCCACACCAGAAACUCCCUAAUGCCCACGAAAAAUGAUGUGGAUAAGAGAGGGGUGACGACCUUUCCAAGUGCUGGACUGAGCCAAGCUGAAUACCAGACAGUCACAGACCCUGCGGACGUCCCAGCUUUCUUGAAAUGGCUUUCCUUAGCCAGCUUGCUUGUUUAUGUUGCUGCUUUUUCAAUUGGUCUAGGACCAAUGCACUGGCUGCUCCUGAGCGAGAUUUUUCCCAGUGGAAUUAGAGGACGAGCCAUGGCUUUAACUUCUAGCAUGAACUGGGGCAUCAAUCUUCUCAUCUCUCUGACAUUUUUGACUCUGACCGAGCUCAUUGGCUUGCCGUGGGUUUGCUUUAUAUAUGCAAUCAUGAGCCUCGCAUGCCUGGCUUUUGUCGUUGUGUUUAUACCCGAGACAAAGGGACGCUCUUUGGAACAAAUAUCAGUGGAGCUGGCAAAAGCGUCAUCUUGAAGCCCUAACCACCUGUGAAGGCUGAGAUGAACAGGAACACCCUUGGGUUCAAAUGAUGGCAUUUAUUCCAAAUACGGCACAAUCAAGAUGAAUUUCAGAAGCUGAAGAGUUUCUCCUGCGGAUGGCAGCUGGAAGAUGGUUAAUACAUCUCACAGAGAGAGAUUGUUUAAGCAGCUUAAUUUAGGCGUGGGCUGUAGAAAACUCUUUCCUUUUGAGUAACAGAGCUCAGAUCUCUAAGUGGUGAACUGCGGGGAAGGAGGGGAUGCUCAGGGGCCCGGAAUGAAGCAGAACUUGUUCUUCUUCCUAGCAAUAAAUCAUUACACUUGACAACGUAGGGAUACUGGUUCUUGGGUUUUAAUGGGAGGGUCCUGUUUAUCUACAGUUUGGGAAUUUCUUCUAAAAACACUCUCAGUGGGCCAGACAGAAAUGAUUGGUACGGGAAUCUCAUGGAAGAAUGAACCUGCGAGGUGAUUUCAUGGUCACUCUACAUGGACAUAUUUAUUCAGAGUAGGAUUUGGAAAACUUCUGCUUUGUAUUUUAUGCACUUAGACGUGGUUUGCAUUUUUUAAAUAUUUCACUUUAGCAGGCAGAAAGACCUCUCUUAAUUCAAGCUGUGAGUUAAAUAUCAAAUUGUAGUUAAUUUUUAAUAUAGAUAAAGCCCUGUUUUUUAAAAAAUACAAUGAAAAUGAAAGUUAUUCAUUUACGGGGAAAUCUAAUUGUCAGAAGGCUGGCUAGACCCUUGGCCUGAUCAGCACAUUGCCUGGCUCUAUGCAAGUUGAAGCCAACUGAGUUUCUUGGGGGAGCGCAGAAUCUGAACAAGACUAUGAACUACUGAUACACGAUUCAAAUAACUGAGAACCUCAUUUCUUAUGCAUCCAUUUGGGGCCUUGAUUUAGAUUCUAGGCCUUUUCCAGGACUAACACGCCAGGACUCUGAAAACUUCCAAACCUACUGUCCAGUCUUUAUUUCUCAUUCUGCUCUAUCUGUGUUUCCCAUCAGUUGUCUGUUGAAGUGUAGCACACCAUCUCCACAUGUCAUGACUUAAAAUAUACUACUCCCAUUUCCCAGGAUGCUUUGGUUUGUCUGGGCAGUGCUCUUGCUCGUUCUCCUCCUGGGCGCCCUCAUGGGUUGACAUGGCAGGAGGGCCAAUCAGUCUAGACGGUGUAAGAGAGCCUCACCAAGGUGGAUGAGAGUGGGUGCUGAUUUGCUGGGGUGGUUGUGUUGUCCUCCGCAGGGUCUUGCUCCCCAGAAGGCUGAUAUGGCUUCCUCACAUGGCAGAUUCUGGGCAACGUUCCAAGGCAGUGGAAGCAGGAGCUGUAAGGCCUGUGAAGUGUACAUUCUAGAAGUCACACUGCAGUACUCCAAUUUUUUUUCCUGAGACCGGUCCAGAAUGAAAGGGUGUAGAAAUUGACUUAAGCUUUUGAUGGGAUAAAGGAAACAGAAUUUUUUUUAAACCACAUUAAUCUACCACCCCUGCUCUUUCUUGAAAUUCUCUUUUCGCUCCCGUGAAACACUUUUCUUUCCAGCAAUUUACCUCACACACACUUAUCUCUUUAUCUCUUUCUAUUACGACAUUCUGUAUAUCAUUGACGAUUUAACUCAACAUCCUUAUGCCUUAGAAGACAACGCAAAUCCUCGUCGUUGAAGUCCUGCAUAAACUUAGCCCUGGAGCAUAUUUCUUUCUCCUGGAUUUUUAAUAUUUUCUUGUUCCAUUUUCUUCUCUACUGCCUUAGCUAAGACCCUGUCGACUUCACCUCCUUAACGAAGUUGUAACAUAUUGCUUUCCAGGAAUGGUUUCUGCUCAUUAUCCUUCCUAUGAAACCUCUCUGUGCAGUGCCUAGUAUAAUACUGAUUCCUAGCAGAGGAUCAAAAAGUAUCCACUGACCAAUUUGAUAACUUGUAAACAAGGCCGGUGCUAAAUUCCUUAUUGGGGCGGGGGGUGGGAUUCAUUCAUGGAUAACGGUGUAAAAGCACAACAUGUUUUGAUCCGGUCUCAGGAUAUGAGUUAAUCUAUAGUCUAAUACAGCCUGUGCAACGGGAGGAGGAAGAGGCAUGUGGGCAGAUUAAGUGAGACAGUCUGGCUUUCCACAUCUCUACCUUCCCCUCCACUUCAGAUAUUGUUUAACUAAUUCUUUUAUGAUCAUGUGUAAGGCACCCAACACUGUACUAGGAAAGAACUGAGAACAUAGGAGAUGAGGAGUCCCAACUUCUUCCGUCGAGGAGGCAGGCAAGAAAAUACAGAGCAUCACAAAGAUUUCCCAUUGUUGGCAAGCACAAAGGAAAAUCACAUAUAUUAGAGGAUGUCAUUUAUAACAUCUUCCUGAGAGAGAGAAUACCGAAGCAGAAUCCUGAAGGAGUGAUCUGGGCCAAGAGGAGUACGUGGGAGUCAGAGGAGAAUCGCACUCAGAGGCCAGUGUGCUCACUGGUGGGGUCUGAAGAGGACAAGUUCUGGGUGGGAGAUCGAGAGAUGAGUCCAGAGCACAGGGCAGAAGCAGUCAGGAAGGGUCUCGUCCAUUUUGGUAAAGAGUUUGAAUUUUAUGCUGAAGGCAGUGGGGUAUAUUUAAAACAAUAGGGCAGGGGAUAAAAGUUAGCUGAUUUUUUACGGAGGACUCUGGCAAAAUAUAGAGAUUGGAAGGGGGGCUGCUGAGUGAGGGAGACCAAUGGGAGUCUUGUGAAGAAAUGGGGUAGAGAACUAUGGGGCUGGAUGGCGUGCACGGAUGAAAUUAGAUGACUUGGAGCUGGAUUGGAAAAGACAGUUGAGGGAAAAGAGAAAACCAGGAUCUUUCUCGAGAAUAGAGAACUAACCCCAUUUGGGGACAUCCACCGAAGUAAGACGAGGAGGAGGAAGAGCAGGCUUGGGAGGCUGAAGUCUGGCGGGGGCUCCCGUACCCCACUGAGUUCAGUUGGUGCGUACUGUCUGUGGGCUCCUAUAGGACACACGAGGGGAAGGAAGAAAAGACCAGUGUGUGUUGGAAGCUGGUCCUGGACAUAUCAGUGUGUAAAAGGAAGUGCGUAUGAAAUCCGGGGCAGACCCACAUUUUGUGAAGCCUAAGCUUUUCAGGGCCUUGUUGAAGGAAAAAAAAAGAUACAAAUUAUGAAUGUAAAAUUAGGUGUGACUGUGUGUGUCUUACAAGAAAGAGGCUGUGAAGUGAGGGGCCCCGGGGUUGAAGUGUCAUUGCCCUUAUGGUAGGUCCAUCUUGAGCCUAUGCACUUUUUAACUACCUGUUUAUUAGCUGGGGGAGUGAAAUUUCUUUAAAAAUAAAGGUUUGCUAAAAUUCUUGUGAACAACACUAAUUGCAAAGUUGAGCUGGAGAGAAAGCAAUUAUGAAUGAGCUGAACAAAACAAAGGACCUACUUACUCUAUUAUCACUCCCUAUUACAUUCUUUUUUUAAAAAAAGUCUAACUCGAAACCGGAAUGAAUAAAUAAUUUGGAAUUAAGGUUAAGAAACUUUCAGGUCUAUUUUUCAUAUGGGGCUGUUGGAAUGUAUCAAAUUGCCAACCAAAUAAAAAUAUGAGGACAAAACUUGAGAAAAGCCAAUCUUUCUAUCUAGUAGACCCCCAGAAUAAGACAUUCCUUAGCAACCUAUCAUUUGGCUACCUAAAAACGCAGCAAAACUUAUUCAGAAAUAGGGUGGGGAAGGACUCUGUCUAAAUUCGUAAAACUCUGAGUUAUGAAAUGUUUUUGAAAGAAUCACAUUUCUGUGGCUUUUGAGUCAUGCGGUUACCCAAAUUUAAAUCCAAACCUUCAGUGAUAAAUUGCAAAGUAAGGGAAAUCCGAAAGCCCAAAUCCUGGUCACCCUAGAUGUACCACACUGGUGCUAGGUGUUGAAGAAUAAGAGUAGAUACGAGGUCUGAUAUUGAGAAUUAUAAAGGGUGGGGGAUGCCGAGUAAUACUGCAGGUGAAAUUCCCAGUGGCAGUGAAGGCAUCUCCCAGGGUGUGAGUUGUGGCGCAGAGAGGAAAUCGUUGCUCUCAGAAACCUUGGCUGACUCCUAUUUCUGUAGUACUAUAAGAUACAUUUUUUUUUUUUUUAGAUUUUAUUUUUUUAUUUGAGAGAGAGAGAAAGCAUA